ACAGAGCACACGCUUCAGCAUCUUCGCUAGCUAGCUAGCUGCAGCCUGCAAGAAGCUAUCAGGUAAUGGCGGGAGAGAGGAGGAGGAGGAGGAGGGCGGCGGCGGAGGCGGUGGCGUGGUGCUUGGGCCUGGCGGCGGUGGCGCUGCUGCUGGUGGGGUCGGUGGAGGAGGAGGAGGAGGUGGUGGUGCGCGGGGCGCGGCUGGCGGCGGCGCGGCCGUGCGAGGAGAUAUACGUGGUGGGGGAAGGGGAGACGCUGCACAGCAUCAGCGACAAGUGCGGCGACCCCUACAUCCUCGAGCAGAACCCGCACGUCCACGACCCCGACGACGUCUUCCCCGGCCUCGUCAUCAGGAUCACGCCGCCGCGCCCCCAGCUCAACUGAUCGACGGAUCUAUCGACUCAUCGACCACCCACCGUGUUGCUCGCCCACCGAUCGAUCAGAGAUCAUCUUGUACAGUAGACACCGAAUGUAUCGCCGGUAUGCAGAGAUGCAUAGUUCUUGUUUUUUUUCGGCCUGAGAGAUUUUCUGAUCGACGAACGGGUGUAUUGGCGGUGUUGUUCUGUUUCGUCGCGUUUGCUUCGUUUGACGAUGAACACGUGUUAGAACAGGGGAGGGGUGAGGGGUUGCUAGCUGCGUCUGAGUCUGACAUGGCAAUGGCUAGUAACCUGAUACUGUACAGUACUUGUAUGCUUGUCCAUUUCGUUCCGCGAGUGGCUACUUCUCGGUUCGUCACAUCAACUGAACUGGAAA